AUGAUGAAUAAUUCUAUUUUUUUUUUCUCUUUGCAGCCGAGUGAAUGCGAAACAAUAGAAGAAGAUCAAGCUUCAUCGGGAGGAGGGGGUGGUGGUGCGACCUACGUAUUCCAGGUCAACCAGACAACCAAUCAAAUGGUUCCUUUGUUAAUUGCGGGUGGCGGCGGUGGCGUAGGAACGGGGACGUUCCGUAAAGAUAAACCAAUGCUUUGCACGGAAUAUAAUUGUACCGGAAUGAACCGGGAGAAACACGAACCAGGUCUGGCGGGUGACGGUGCGAGCUGGAUGGAUAUGGUAACAAAUAGUAAAUACAUGAUUGGUGGAAGCGUCGAUGGUUUGGGAUGCGCUCAACAAAAUGGCAGUCAUCAAGCGAUCGGGGGAUUUGGCGGUGGUGGUUAUAGCUGUCAAGGUGCAGGAGGCGGUGGUGGUGGUUUCAUAGGUAAGCAGAUACUUUACCGUUGA